UCAGAGAAUCUCAGUCUAUGCAAUAAUACAGUUGCUCUUUUGUCCUUAGACUGUUUGAGUAGUGUAUGUGAUUCGGCAUAUAUUAACACCAUCUUUGGAUGGAGCCAGUAGUACCUAUUGACUGUAUGAUAUUGAAUAGAUUUGAAAUUGGCUGAACCUUUUAAAUGGGUGUAUCUCCUGAAAAAUUCCAAAAGGUGGUUUUCCUGCUGGAAUUCGUCCCCAAAAUAUUUCGGGAACAUGCUGAUCUCUUCAAAUUCACGAAGAAAAACAACUUCAGCAUGAUCGACAUAGGUACUGGACCUGGUACUAUGCUUCUUCAGAUCGAGAAUCAACUACCCAAACACUACAAGGAGAUAAUCGGAACUGACAGAGCGGAAACAAUGAUCGAAUAUUUCGAUUCUGUACCGAAAGAUUCCAGGAUAACCAGCAGGAUAUUGGAUAUUUCAGCUGAGAAAAUGCCUGCCGAUUUGACAGGCCGCUUUGAUUUUGCAUUUUCCUCAUUCUGUUUCGGAUAUGUUCCUGAUUUACGAAAGACCUUCAAAAAUUGCAAUGAACUUCUAAAACCAGAGGGGGAAACUUUCUUCGCGUGGAGCAUAAGAAGCCACAUACCAGAAAUUUACAGAAGUUUGAGUAAAAUAGACAAGUGGGCGCCGUACACUAGCGAUUAUAAAAAUUGGAAGAGCCUUAUCGAAUACGAAGACCCUAUUGGUACUCUUAGUGACCACCUCAAAGCCGCAGGCUUAGAGAAGCUGAAAAUUGCAGAGUAUGAAGAUUUCGCUUUUCAAGAUCCUGAAGAUGUUAUGUUGGAAACUUUCGAAUCCCAGGACCACAUCAGAAGCAGGAUUCCACAGAUUGACCAACAGAUGUACAAAGAAGAAUUCGACAGAAUUGUUCGGACUGAACAGAUAAUUUACGGCCAGAAACCUAAAAUUCCAUUUCCUUCUGUAGCAGUAAUCGCCAAGAAAAAUUGAUGGAGAAUUCCAUGACUUUUGCCAAAAAAUCUUGUUUAUAUCUAGUGAAAAAUAAAAGGUUUAUAUAA